AUGGCUCGCGGACGAAGAGGAAGACCCUCCCAACCCGAAACCCCAUCGGCGACUCAAACGACUUCCCCAUCGGCGACUCAAACGACUUCCCCAUCGGCGACUCAAAGAACCACAAAUUCGCAAGGGACCGCGUCAACCCAACAAUCUCCUACCCCCAACCUGGGCACUCAAGUAGCCAGACCCUUGGCUCAGGUAUCUGAUGGCAGCUUCCCAGAUGUAGAAGAAGGCAACGGCCCUGGAAAGGUGAUCUGGACUCAAGCCAUGGAAAAGAGUGCCCUUGACUUGUACGUCAGGGCAGUCCAAAUGGGGAAGCGAUCCGACUCUGGUUUCAAGAUCGAAGUUCAUCGUUGGGUUGCCUCAGAGUUAUCUGCCGAAUACCCGGGUAUUCCCUUCACUGGGGAAAAAGUUAUAUCCAAAUUCAAUCAGACCUUCAAGAAAUGGUAUGACGCUUUCCUUGCUUGUAAAGAUGCAAGCGGCUUUGGGUGGAAUGAUGAACACAACAUGGUUACGGCCUCGGAUGAAGUCUGGGAGCCAUUCUUAGUGUCUCACCCUGCAGCAAGACGAUUCAAAAACGCACCAUUCCCCGAGUUCCAUGAACUAUUCAUCAUCUUUGGGGGUCAUGCUGCCACAGGUGUGUUGCGUAGGGGUCUCGAUGGUGAGGGAAAUCCUGGGAAUGAAGAAGCUGGGGGAAACAGGGGCCCCAUUGGCCACAAUGAUCCUAGCAGCAAUGAAGAGGCCGACCCGUCCGGGACCAACCUCAGACCUGGGGUACGACCGCGCCGUAGGCAUCGAGUCACUUCGGGUGAUCGAUUCGAGAACUCAAUCGAGCGAUUAAUCGAUGCCUUUACUGCGACAUCCGAUCCAGCUCCAGCAUCUAUGGCGGUGGCUACUAGGGUGGAGCGAGCGAUCUCAAAAUUUCAAGACAGCUUCGCUGAAGGUCUCCCCUUGGACGACUUGGUGGCCGGCUUCAGCAUCCUUGAGGUUGAGUGUAAGGCUCAAACCUUUUUGGCAAUCCGCGACGAGAAUCACGCCCGCGCUUGGAUUGUUCAUCAGAUCGAGCUGCACCAUAUGACCCACAAUGCUUAG